AAAAAGGUUGUAAUUUUUAUUUUUAAAAAAUAAUAAAAAAAAAAAUUGAAGGUUGCAAUUUAUAUUAAAAUUAAAUUGGGGAUUUUCUUAAAUAUAAGAAAAAAAAAUAUUUUAAAUUUUCGUGUUUUUCUUGAAAAAUUGUAUCAAUCUUUUGGGCUAGUUAGAAAUGGGUCGUGGGUGUUUAUGAUUUACAGUCAUUACGAAGUGGCUCCGCCGGAAACUCGCAGAGACUUAAACCCUAGUUAUCAGCUAAAACCCUCAAAUGUUCCUCGCUAAGCUCUCCCGCCAAAAUCGAUCUCCACUCGCGCUUGCAUUCACGUUCUCUACGCGCCACCUCUCCUCCUCCAAUCUCUACGAUCGGUACUCCUUCAGACCCCCACCCUCUCUCGUUCCAGAACCCCAGAACAUUGAGCCCCACCCUGACUCCAGGACCAAUAAUCUCAAGAAAAAGAAGAAACCCCAGUACCGGCCACCCUCCUCGCUCGACCGUACUGGCUCCAAACCCAUUCAUUCAGAGCUUCCGUUCGAUUUCAGGUAUAGUUACACGGAAACCAGCCCAACGGUGCGGCCUAUCGGCCUAAGGGAACCGAAGUAUUCGCCGUUUGGGCCGGGUAGGAUUGACCGCGAAUGGACCGGGGUUUGUGCUCCGGCGUUAGACCCAAAGGUCCGGUCCGUUGAGGGAGUGGAGGAGGAGGACCCGAAUUUGGAGAAGAAGAGGAAGUUGACGAGAGGGAGAAUUCAGGGUGAGCCGCUCACUGGGGCAGAGAGGAAAAUUUUGGUCGAGAACUGUCAGAGGCACAAGACCAGCCGUCAAGUUAAUCUGGGAAGAGAUGGUCUAACACACAAUAUGCUGAAUGACAUUCAUAAUCAUUGGAAACAUGCUGAAGCAGUGAGGAUAAAAUGUCUAGGCGUUCCAACUGUUGACAUGAAAAAUGUGUGCACCCAGCUUGAGGACAAAACUUUUGGAAAAAUUAUCCACAAACAGGGUGGUCUUCUUAUGUUGUACAGGGGCAGGAACUAUAAUCCUAAAAAGAGACCUGUAAUUCCAUUAAUGAUGUGGAGACCUCAUGAGCCCAUAUAUCCAAGGCUGAUCAAAACUACAAUUGAUGGCUUAAGCAUAGAGGAAACAAAGGAAAUGAGAAAGAGAGGAUUAGCUGUUCCUGUUCUAACAAAACUUGCCAAAAACGGUUAUUAUGGCAGUCUGGUACCAAUGGUCAGAGAUGCUUUUCUCUUUGCUGAUUUGGUUCGGAUCGAUUGCCAAGGUCUUGAGAAAAGUGAUUACAAAAAAAUAGGCUGCAAACUAAGGGAUCUGGUGCCAUGUAUACCGGUAACAUUUGAUAAGGAGCAGAUUGUGGUUUGGAGGGGAAAGGAUUAUAAGCCUCCAGAGGAUGGAUACUUCGCAGCUACAGAUCAGAAUUCAGUAGAUGACUCAAAUAUGAUUUCUGCUGCCGACAAACAUGAAAGCAAUGUAGAAGACAAUGACAGCCAGUCAAGCUGAUUAUAAGUUGUUCCUUUCUUGCUGAAUUUUUGAUAAUUGCAUUUCCAGGAGUUUCUGCCCGCAAAAGAAGAGAAUAUGUGUGCUUUCUGGAAGUUUGGCAACACAAAAUAUCCACAGAAUAUCUUUGCGGAUGGAGAUCAUUACCAGAAAACGAUCCAAUAUAAGAAUAGCAAUAAGAGUUUCACAUAGUAAAAGGCAAAGCCAAUUAGUGUAUAGAUAGAUUCUUUUGGCAGAUGAUAGAAUUGCCAGCAAUUGUACAUGGUGUGAUAACUUCAUUAGUUUACACCAAUUUGUAAGAGUUGGUCUCAUCUUUUUAGCUUUAACCUUCAACCAGAUGAAAAGGGGUUUGUUGCUUUGGUGCACUGGGCCUAUAGCCCAUUCCCAUCCAGGUUCCAGUAUUGAGUCCCAUUCGGGCAAAGCAUUUGUAGGGCCAUUUAUGAAGAGAAUAAUAAACAAACACCUAAAUUAUACAAAA